UGCGCGCGCUUUCUUUUGUGUCACUUCAAGAAGGGCUCUGAUAUUAUUAUUACUUUAAAUAUAGCUUGCCCUGGGGCGGGGAAAUGCACAAGGAAAGAGCCGGCAAGCAGCCUAUCUCUCAGAAGAAAAGAGCAAGCCUCGCAGCGCAGGAACUGGCUUCACUCAAGUGUGCAAUUUAGAAGUCAGAAAACUAUUUGAAUUACCACCAUUGUGGAGGAGGCUGAAGAAAAAAGACACAGAACUGGCUAAACACAGAGAAGAACAUGGUAAACCAGGGUGCAAAGUGCAUCUAUUUGCAGUUUGAAAGUGGGCUCUGAAGUGCAAUGUAAGUCUUCCUUAAAUUGUAUUCUUUUAUAACAGUACCUAGUAGUUUAAUUUCCAUUCCGAAGCCAUGCUGGGCCAAAAGGUACAAUUAGCUACAAAAAUCAGCAUGGAGCAGAAUUUGUAGUCUCUGAUAUGAGGCUGAAAAUAAUUCUGAAAUACAACAGAAGACAGAGACUAUCAGCCAUAUUAUGGAAGAUGCACUAAAAAUAAGAGCAUAUUUAAUUAUUUCAAGAGAAACAUGCUGGAUGGAAUUAUUAAUCAACUUUCUUAAUAGAGAAGCAAGAGCUUUGCUGUUUAAUAAGGCAAGUUAUUUUAAUGCUGCUGUGUUUAAAAUUGUGUGAUUACAGUUACCAAUAGCAAUAAGAUGUAGCUCCAGAGAGGAGUCCUAGUGGUUGCAAAAGUUUUAUGUCUUUUAUUUCUCCAACCUUUUUGCUCUCUGAAGCCUCAAGUCCACAUUCUGUAUCCUACAGCCUGGUUUUACUUUUAAGCUGGAUUUUCAAUAUAUGCCAACACUGGGCUUCCUAUGGAACUGAAAACAACAUUUCAGCUUUCGGAGUAAUUCUGGUAUGUUUUUCUACAUCACACUAGUGGCAAAAAUACAGUCGACAAAAGAUUGUGCUCCUUCAACUUCUGGCAUGGAGAGCUGAGGAAUAUAAUGCCCAAUGGUGACAAAGGGUGAUAAUUUCCUGUUUUUCACAAUUUAUCUUUGUGGUUUUGGACUUAGCAAUGGAUAUUCUUUGUGAUGGAGAGAGCUCUGUGAACCCAACUGCAAACUCCUUCAUACAAAUAAAUCAUGAGAGAAGAUUCUACAGAAAUGUCUAUGGAGCUGGAGAAAUUAAUAUAUCACAUCUCUGCAACUUGACUGUGAACUCUGACAACCUAACCAAUCUUUCAUGCGAAAGUAACAUGAGCCCACCGUGCUGCCCUUCACAGAAAAACUGGCCGGCUUUGCUGACAGUGAUAGUGAUUGUUUUAACCAUUGCUGGAAAUAUUCUUGUCAUCAUGGCUGUUUCACUGGAGAAAAAACUACAGAAUGCCACUAACUAUUUUCUAAUGUCACUUGCAAUAGCUGAUAUGCUGCUGGGUUUCUUUGUCAUGCCUGUGUCCAUGUUAACCAUACUGUAUGGAUAUGAAUGGCCCCUACCUAGAAAGCUCUGUGCCAUUUGGAUCUACUUGGACGUGCUCUUCUCCACAGCAUCCAUCAUGCACCUCUGUGCCAUCUCACUGGAUCGCUACAUUGCCAUCCGAAACCCCAUCCACCACAGCCGCUUUAACUCAAGAACGAAGGCUUUUGCCAAAAUAAUUGCUGUUUGGACCAUAUCAGUUGGUAUCUCCAUGCCUGUACCUGUCUUUGGACUACAAGAUGACUCCAAAGUAUUUAAGAAAGACAUUUUUAAGAAAGACAUCUGCUUACUCGCAGAUGAAAAUUUUGUUCUAGUAGGUUCUUUUGUGGCAUUCUUCAUCCCUCUAACCAUCAUGGUUGUCACUUACUUUUUAACUAUCAAGUCGCUGCAGAAGGAAGCUAUGCUAUGUGUGAAUGACAUUGGCCCUAAGACCAAGUUUACUUCAUUCAGCUUCCUCCCUCAGAGUUCCCUGUCCUCAGAGAAACUCUUUCAGCGCUCCUUGAACAGAGAUACAGGGACUUCAGGGAGGAGAACAAUGCAAUCCAUCAGCAAUGAGCAGAAGGCUUCCAAGGUCCUUGGCAUUGUCUUCUUCCUGUUUGUUGUGAUGUGGUGCCCAUUUUUCAUCACCAAUGUGAUGGCUGUUAUUUGCAAGGAGUCAUGCAAAGAAGAGGUCAUUGGAGGGCUUCUUAACAUAUUUGUUUGGAUUGGCUAUCUUUCUUCAGCUGUCAACCCUCUCGUGUACACGUUGUUCAACAAAACCUAUCGCUCAGCUUUCUCUCGCUACAUCCAGUGUCGCUACAAGGAGGAGAAGAAACCUUUCCAGCUGAUUUUAGUGAACACUAUCCCAGCACUUGCAUAUGACUCCAGCCAGCUCCAGCUAGCACAAAUGAAGAGUUUGAAAAAAGAGGCGAAAAUGAUGGCUAAGGAUUACUCGACGGUCACGAUAGGAGCACAUCAUUUAGAUGGUACCUCCAAGGGAAGUAUCGGCCCAGGGAACGAAAAGGUUAGUGGUGUGUGAUGGUCAGCAGCUGCCAUGACAACCACUGUGCUUGUGCUGAAAAUUUCACCUGCUGUGAGAAGCUCUGAUAGCUUAGGAAAAUCAGCUGUGUCUAAGAGACCUUCUGACAACAUCAUAUACUCCUCACAUUAUCCUGUGGAUGAAAAGCAGGGUUGAAAGGGUAUCAAAUGUGCAAUUUUUUUUCAUACAGUACUUUGGCUGUUUUAAGCACAGGCUUUAUUAAACUUAUUUUUUUAAUAUUCUAAAGAAUAUAUUUCUUAAAGAAAAAAAUGCAAUUUCUGGUAUUAUAAUAUGGGCUAUGAAGAAACCUACGCAUUUCUUUUCUCUUUGCAAAUGAAAGCUAAGCUGUCCUUUGAUGUUCUCGCAGAGUAGGCUCCAGCUAGUUUGUCUUGCUACAAUUGAGUUUUGUUAUCAUUAACUGAAUGAGCACUUUAUGGAAUUUUAAAUAAAAUGAUGGUUCAUUUGCAAAUAUAUAUUUAAAAUAAAUCUUAAAGUAUUAAACAAAAUCUAUUAAAACUGCUAUAGAUUAAUUAUAUGGACAUUUUGUUAACUGUUUUUAUGCCAUUUUU